CCCCCCUGCAGUUGGGCUUCGGGUCCUGCCCGGGAGGGCUUCUCGGUUUACCGUUGCGGGUAGUGGCUGUGCAGGAAGAGAGAGAUAGAAACAUCAAUGAUGAGAGGGAAUCAUUGAUCGGCUGCCUCCUGCACGCUCCCUACUGAGGAUUGAGCCCGAAACCCAGGCAUGUGCUCUUGGCUGGAGUCGAACCUGGGACCCUUCAGGCUGCUGGGCAACGCUCUAUCCACGGAGCCGAACCGGCUAGGGCUAUAAUUUUAUUCUGAUGUCUCAGUCAUGUAUUCGCUCGGUGUAUGUACGGAGGUGCCUGUGGGUUAUCAAGCCCUAUCCUGGGUACUGGAGAUACAGCAGGAAACAACAAUGCCCAACCUUAGUGGGGUAGACAGAUGGUGAUCAGAGAUAAGGAGAGAAAUAAAGCAGGGUCAGGGGAAACAUUCAUUGGAGGAUUCUGAACAGAGUUCUAACUUGUAUUUAGAUCUGACAUUUAAUUUGUGUCCUAGGCACAGCAGCUACACAGAAAAGAUGGGCGAGGAGACCAAUGAUGACAAGAAGCCAACAACUAAAUUUGAACUAGAGCGAGAAACAGAACUUCGCUUUGAGGUGGAAGCGUCUCAGUCAGUUCAGUUGGAGCUGCUGGCUGGCAUGGCAGAAGUCUUUGGCACAGAGCUGACCCGAAACAAGAAAUUCACCUUUGAUGCUGGUGCCAAGGUAGCUGUUUUCACUUGGCACGGCUGUUCGGUACAGCUGAGUGGCCGCACCGAGGUGGCUUAUGUCUCCAAGGACACCCCUAUGUUGCUUUACCUGAACACUCAUACAGCUCUGGAGCAGAUGCGGAGGCAGGCGGAGAAGGAAGAGGAGCGAGGCCCCCGGGUGAUGGUAGUGGGCCCCACCGAUGUGGGCAAAUCCACAGUGUGCCGCCUGUUGCUCAACUACGCAGUGCGUUUGGGCCGCCGUCCCACUUACGUGGAGCUGGAUGUGGGCCAGGGCUCUGUGUCUAUCCCUGGUACCAUGGGGGCCCUCUACAUUGAGCGGCCGGCAGAUGUUGAAGAAGGAUUCUCCAUCCAGGCCCCUCUGGUGUAUCAUUUUGGCUCCACCACUCCUGGCACCAACAUCAAGCUUUAUAAUAAGAUUACAUCUCGUCUCGCAGAUGUGUUCAACCAAAGGUGUGAAGUGAACCGAAGGGCUUCUGUGAGUGGCUGUGUCAUUAACACCUGUGGCUGGGUCAAGGGCUCUGGUUACCAGGCCCUGGUGCAUGCAGCUUCAGCCUUUGAGGUAGAUGUGGUUGUGGUUCUGGAUCAAGAACGACUUUACAAUGAACUGAAACGGGACUUGCCUCACUUCGUGCGUACUGUGCUGCUCCCUAAAUCAGGGGGUGUGGUGGAGCGCUCCAAGGAUUUCCGGCGGGAAUGUAGGGAUGAGCGUAUCCGUGAGUAUUUCUAUGGAUUCCGGGGCUGUUUUUAUCCCCAUGCCUUCAAUGUCAAAUUUUCAGAUGUGAAAAUCUACAAAGUUGGGGCACCCACCAUUCCAGACUCCUGUUUGCCUUUGGGCAUGUCUCAGGAGGACAAUCAGCUGAAGCUAGUACCUGUCACCCCUGGCCGAGAUAUGGUGCACCACCUCCUGAGUGUCAGCACUGCUGAGGGCACAGAGGAGAACCUUUCUGAGACCAGUGUGGCCGGUUUCAUCGUGGUGACCAGUGUGGACCUGGAGCAUCAGGUGUUUACCGUUCUCUCUCCAGCCCCCCGUCCACUGCCUAAGAACUUCCUUCUCAUCAUGGAUAUCCGGUUCAUGGAUCUUAAAUAGAGAUCAGGGAGUCUUGCUGCCUGGGGCAUGGAGAUCUGUGGCCAUCACAGAGACAGAUGGGCUGAAGAGGGAGAGUCUUUUGAGGCCAGGCUGACCAGUAAAUGGUGGACUAGUAAAAAGCAUAUAUUCUACCUCUUAAAACAGGUGGUGGUAACUUAACUACUAAUCUUGAACCAAAAGGAAAACCAUGAGACUAAUUGGUUUCUUAGAUCACCUAAGGUGCCACUUCAAAUUCUCUAAGGCCCUGGAGAAUCCCAUUUCUUUAACCAGUUACUGUGUGGACUCAUUUUUUAAAAAAAUCACUGCUUUAUAUGCUAUAUAUAGUACUUGUUACCUUAUUUUUCCAGGAUGUUCAAGUGUAUUAGAAGGACUCUUUACAAUAAAAUUCAAACUUGGAAAAAAUUUUAAUAAAUAUUUUUGCCAUA